CCGAAAUCGGUCUGAACCCGGUAAAGUUUCGGAGUUCGAAUGUCCACCAAAUGUCCACCAAAUUGAAAAUUGACUCCGUGCAUUGACUCAUUCGAUUUUCAGCCCUUCGUCUAGUACUUCCCAGUACUCUGCUACCAACGCCACCCUGCGAUGGCUUCAAAAAUUCGUAUAGCUCCCCAGCAGUUCACUCGAUGUCACUCAACAGUCGCUGCUGGGCCCUCGUUUCUCGAGGCAAGGUCCAGAGUGCGGGAACAUGCUAGAAAUAUCAGUCGUACGUCUACAAAAGGUGCUCAACCACUACCAACUUCCCGUCCUACUCCAGCCCCAGGAUUCCAACAACUCCCAACCAAAAACAACAAUCCCAACGCCACAUAUCCAGGUCCUGGCGUGGAUAUUCCCUUGAAUGGCCCAGGUCUAGCGCCCAACGCUCCCCUCGAUCAUUCCUUCGUUGGUCUUUCUGGAGGUGAAAUUUUUCAUGAAAUGAUGCUUCGACACAACGUCAAACACAUCUUUGGUUAUCCCGGAGGCGCCAUUCUUCCUGUCUUCGAUGCCAUCUACAAGUCUCCCCACUUCGAUUUCAUUCUACCUAGACACGAACAGGGUGCAGGUCAUAUGGCAGAAGGUUAUGCUCGCGUAUCUGGCAAACCAGGUGUGGUAUUGGUUACCUCCGGCCCAGGCGCAACCAAUGUCAUCACUCCAAUGCAGGAUGCAUUGAGUGAUGGUAUUCCUCUUGUCGUCUUCUCCGGCCAGGUAGCCACAUCAGCCAUUGGGUCAGAUGCAUUCCAGGAAGCAGACGUGAUCGGUAUCUCUCGAAGCUGCACAAAGUGGAAUGUCAUGGUCAAGGAUAUUUCGGAGCUCCCUCGUCGUAUAAACGAAGCAUUCAAAAUCGCCACCUCAGGGCGUCCUGGUCCUGUUCUCGUAGACUUGCCCAAGGAUGUCACAGCUGGGGUCCUUCGCACCCCUCUCCCUUACAAAGCUACCACUCCCGGAAUCAACCUUGGGUUACCCAUGAACCCUCUGCAAUCUCUUGAACCCCCUUCCGAUCUCGCCUCGAUCCGCCAGGCCGCCGAACUCAUAAAUCGGGCCCAUUCACCUAUCAUCUACGCGGGUAACGGCAUAUUGCAGUCUCCCAACGGCCCACGCCUUCUAGCUGAACUUUCGGAAAAGGGUAACAUCCCCGUAACGACAACGUUGCAAGGCCUUGGUGCCUUUGACGAAAGGAAGGAUCGCUCUUUGCACAUGCUCGGAAUGCACGGCUCAGCGUAUGCCAAUUUUGCCAUGCAACAAGCAGAUGUCAUCAUUGCGCUGGGAGCUAGAUUCGACGAUCGUGUGACGGGGAAAGUCGAAACUUUUGCGCCUGCUGCAAGACAGGCUGCAAAGGAAGGCAGAGGAGGUAUAAUUCAUUUUGAGAUUAUGCCGAAGAACGUGAACAAGGUUGUUGAAGCGUCCAUUCCUGUCUUGGGAGACGUCACCACCAACCUUGCACAUCUCCUUCCCCACAUCUCGUCCGCACCGCGAGGCCCUUGGUUUGAUAAAAUACGGGAAUGGAAAACCAAGUACCCUUUUACAUACACCAAAGGGGAUGCCUCCAAGGGAGAGAGAAUGAAGCCACAGGAGGUCAUUGAAGAGCUGGACGCUCAAGUGAAACACAGGAAGAGUGAUAUCGUUGUCACUACCGGUGUUGGCCAACAUCAAAUGUGGGCUGCACAGUUCUAUAGGUGGACGGAACCCAGACACAUGGUCACCAGUGGUGGACUAGGGACUAUGGGAUUCGGUCUUCCUGCCGCUAUCGGUGCUAAAGUAGCUCUCCCUCACAAAACGGUGAUUGAUAUCGACGGGGAUGCGAGUCUCAGUAUGACCGCAAUGGAGAUGCAGACAGCGUCACAGUUCGGAAUCGGAGUCAAAAUCCUCAUCUUGAACAACGAUUUCCAAGGGAUGGUGUUGCAGUGGCAGGAUCUUUUCUACUCCCACCGGUACUCCCACACUGCUAUGGUGAACCCUGAUUUCAUAAAGCUUGCUGAAGCUAUGGGUAUUCACGCACUACGCUGUAAUAACUCGGAAGAACUCCCCGCAAAGAUGAAGGAGUUCUUGGAAUGGGACGAUUCAAAACCUGUGUUGAUGGAGUGCUUGGUCGAAAAGGCCGAACACGUUUUCCCUAUGGUACCAGCAGGUAAAGCUUUACAUGAGGGAAUUGUACACCCGAGUUUGAGAGAACAGACGUAGUGCCUCUGCUGUAUUUUUGGGGAUCUUUGGUCGCAAGAAAAUAAUAACAUUUCUGAAAUACACAUGUAUAUCUCUGGGGUUGGCGCCAAUGUCGAGAUAAGAAGCGCCUGAGAAGUCGUGGCCACGUGAUAAAUUUUUCGUUCUUCCUAUCCUGUCCGCAAGUCUAGUUCUACAAAAUCAACAAAAUGUCCUUCUUAAAACGAUUCAUG